UGAUCCGAGCAAAGGCCGUCUCUGCGAAAGAGGUGGAUUCGGGGAACGAUAUAUACGGGAAUCCCAUCAAACGAAUCCAGUAUGAAAUCAAGCAGAUCAAGAUGUUUAAGGGCCCCGACAAGGACAUAGAGUUCAUCUACACGGCUCCAUCCACUGCUGUGUGUGGCCGGCUGCUGGACACCGGCGGGAAGAAGGAGUAUCUCAUCGCAGGCAAGUCAGAGGGCAAUGGCAAGAUGCACAUCACACUCUGCGACUUGGUCUCCACCUGGGACUCGCUGAGCCCGACCCAGAAGAAGAGCCUAAACCAGCGGUACCAGAUGGGCUGCGAGUGCAAGAUCUCGCGCUGCGUCUCCAUCCCCUGCUUUGUCUCCUCCUCGGACGAGUGCCUCUGGACAGACUGGGCGAUGGAGAAGAACAACGUGGAUGGGCGGCAGGCGAAGCACUAUGCUUGCAUCAAGAGGAGCGAUGGCUCGUGCGCCUGGUACCGUGGCAUGGCCCCCCCUAAGCAAGAAUUUCUCGACAUCGAGGACCCCUAAGCCAAACGAGCGCAUUCCAGUAGCUGGUAGAAAAAACCUGCAAGAUGUUAGACUGGUCCACGCUGAUAUCAAUUCCUGGAGACAGCAUGAAAAUCCGCUCAGCUGGGGGGUGUUUCCGGGCUGCGGCAGCUGCCACGCAUGUGCAGGGGACAGGGAUGGGGACCCACUCUGUCGCAGGCACCUGGCAGCCCGUGGCCACGCUGGGCACUCCCAUGCUCGUGGCAGUGCUGAGAGGGGCACGGGGGGAUGCCCCUGCCAGGGCCACAUCCCUGCCUGGCUACGCUCAGCCCUGGUGCCCUGGCAGCUGUGAAGGAAUCGAACCCUCGUGUGUGGCGGGGGCGGCCC